CUGGGGCACGCGAUGGUACGUUUAUUUUCUGCGUCUAUGUAUCUCACUUCCGUUUGUAAGGGUUUGCGGGUCGAAGAAGCGUUUGUAAGCAACAGCCCAGGACUCAUGUACUUCAUCUAAACAGUCCGUAAACUUCGCAGAAUUGGCAGUGAAGACUCCCACUGGGAUUUGUCCAGAUGAGCUUCCUCUUGCCCAAACUGACCAGCAAGAAAGAAGUGGACCAGGCCAUCAAAAGCACUGCGGAGAAGGUGCUGGUUCUCAGGUUUGGGAGGGAUGAGGACCCGGUCUGUCUGCAGCUGGAUGACAUUCUCUCAAAGACUUCCGCUGACCUCAGUAAGAUGGCGGCUAUUUACCUGGUAGAUGUGGACCACACUCCAGUUUACACGCAGUAUUUUGACAUCAGUUAUAUUCCCUCUACUGUGUUUUUCUUCAAUGGGCAGCACAUGAAAGUGGAUUAUGGGUCUCCGGAUCACACUAAAUUUGUAGGAAGCUUCAAAACCAAACAAGACUUCAUGGAUUUGAUUGAAGUCAUCUACCGGGGAGCAAUGAGGGGAAAACUUAUUGUUCAAAGUCCUAUUGAUCCCAAGAAUAUCCCCAAAUAUGACCUCCUCUAUCAAGACAUUUAGCACACUCAUGGUUGCCGGAGAUGAAAGAGUCAUGGGUGGAAACAAGGCCUGAACCCAGAGGGCCUGUGGUCUGGAGUCCCUCAAAGACGUGGCCACUGCCCCAGCGAAGAGGUCUGAUGUGCCUGUAAUCAUCGGCCCCUGUGCAGAAGCCCCAGUACCCCAAAACUCCAGAUGUCUGAGUUCCGUUCCCUGAGAGCCUUAGAGAAGACAGGCAGCAGUGUUUGGUGUCUUUAUAAGUUCCCUCUACCUGGACCUGUCUUUACCCUUAAGGUCAUCCAUCGUCCUAGACACUGUGAGAACAGUUUAACGGGCAUGUUUGUGCACACACGCAACCCUUCCCCGUGCCUCCAUUCACUUACCCCUUUUGCUCCCUCCUGUCCCAGCUUCUCUUGAAAUAAUAGCAUCCUAUUAGUUGUAGGUGAGUUCUUUAGUUUCAGGGACUGUCCUGGCAUGGACCGAGAGCGCUGCCUGGUUCUGCUCAUUUAUAGCUGGCAGGCUACUAAAUUGAUAAGAGGAAAAGGUGGCCCUUCACCAUCCAGCACAAUUUAAGCUAACCAAGUUUACUUCCUUGGGAAGCAAAGGACAGAGCUCUUAUUUCAAGGACUCAAGACCAAAAUUGUAAGGGGGAAAUGCCUGUGGGGUUUGCUGCUCCCAGUGGCUUUUGAAGAAUAGCUGAGCUUCCAGGGUCCCCCUGGCCCAAGCUCAGGAAGCUUGUGUUUCUGUUAAUCCUCUGGUGUUCCUGACACUGGAAUGAGAGCGUAGGUACAGAUCUGGAGGUCCAUGGCCAAGCAGCUUGAGACCUGCUGGGUAGCCAGAGGCUUGCUGCCAACAGAGGCCCAGGCUUGUCACAGCGGCACUGUCACCUCAGGGCCAGCCCUGUGGUCAGCUCCUUCUGUCUAAGCUUGUCCUUCGGGGAAAAGUGAAACGAGACCCGGUUUUGGUGAUUGUGGCUCAGAAAGUUUGUCUGGGUCACUUCAGGGAUGGGAGAAGAGUCCUUUCCCAUCCUCUUCUUAUACACAGUGGGCUGUGGCAGCCACCCCGGCUUAGCGUGUGCAGAGAUGAGAGUCAGACCCCUAAUGUCACAGAACUCCUAGGUGAACUCUAACCCUUUCUCCACAUCCCUAUGAGUGAAUAAAAUUCUUUGGUCCAACUCACUGUCAACUGGGUCUUCCAUCCUUCAGCCUAAGUGCUCAGGUGCCAGCAAAUCUCAAAGCCUGCACAGGGGAAAACACUUUCAUCUUUCACCCUGAGGGCUGGGGUGAGGGCAGAGGGGGCCUGCAGUCUGGGUUUGUGUCUUAGAUCCUCUCGUGGUUGCUCUCCCUUCCAUUAGUGUUUAUCAAGCAUGUGUUAUAUGUCCUGUCCAGUGCUGGAUACCGUGUAAAGGACUCCUGGACAGAGAAAGGUCUCUGAGGAGAGACGAGAAAGGCCUUGUGCAGGAAGAGAGCUGCAUUGCUACUAGGAAAGCGGAACCAUGAAGGAAGGGCCAGGUUUCUCGGUUCCCUCUGGGUAGUGGCCAGCCGCCUGCUCCCAGGUGUUGUGUGAGUGUGUGACUUCGCUGUUUCAGUUCUAGAACAUAGGUCCUUGUCUCCUGGACGCCACAGCUCUGCCCUGGGAAGAUGCCCAGUGACUCCGAGCAUGCAGGUGAGUGCUUCCCUGGUGGCUUCAGGCGCUGUGAGGAGAGGCUGUGUUUGGCGUGGUGAGAGGGUAGACUAGAGAAGGGCUGAACUGAAGACUUGGGGCCAGGAAGUGUACUUCUGAGGGCAGCUGAGUUUUUCCUCUGUGGAAGAGGAACCACUGAGAAAGAGACCCAACUCAAUCCCAGCACAUUCCAGCCAGGGAGCUCUAGAGAGUCACUAGUGUUUAUCCCUGAUGGAAAAGAUCUGGGGAAAACAGCGGCCAGGGAACUUAAGUCACCGGGCAAAUCUGUGGGCUGAGCUGUGGGGAGGACCCAUUAAGUCAAUAGUGCGCUCUUGGUUUCUGGGGCACUGGCAGGCGGAAGCACAAACACAGGCUUCUGUCACAACCCUUGUCCCACUCUGGGCUUUCCUCACCCGCUUCAGAGAGGUGACAGGAUCGAGUUCAGCUCCAUGGUUAAGUAGCUGAGUGACCAUAACCAAAGCACUUCACCUCUCCAAGUCUUUUUCCUUGACUGAAAAGCAAGGGUCACAGUGAUAUCCCUCAGACCUGGGUUUCAUAAACAUGAUUCCCCAAGGCAGUCUACAGCACCCUAGGGAUUUCCUGGCACCUCAGGAUGUUGGGGGGGGGGGAAUCCCCAUUUUUCCAGUCCACCCUGCCUGGCUGCCCAGUACUGUAAAUGAGAAUAAAAGCCCCAGACUACAAAGGUGUCAGAAACAAGUUCUUUAUUAUUGACCGAGCAGUGCGGGGCUAGCACCUGUCCCUUCCACUCCCCCUUCUUCCGUGGUGAGUAGUGCUCUCAGACGUAGGCUGCCAGCCUGAGUGGGCAUAGCCGACCAGUCAGCCCUGCGCUAGUCCUGGGCCAUGGUUUCCUGAAUCCAGUCCAGGAUGGAGUUCACUUUCACAUACACGCCAUACUCGGCCACAGAGCAGCUCUUAUCGAAGCUCAGGAUCCCAGCUGCAUACCAGGUGUCCUGCUCCAGGUCGUGAAUGGCAAAGGCACUG